CAGAUUGAUAUAACUUUCCAUUUUAAAUCUUUUCAGGACUUAAGCAGUUCUGACCUGAUCAGACCAAAGAUCAGCUUGGUGUGUCAGAUUGUGAGGGUGGGACACAUGGAGCUGAAGGAUGGGAAGAAGCACACCUGUGGACUCCGGAGGCCCUUCGGGGUUGCAGUGAUGGACAUCACUGAUAUCAUCCAUGGCAAGGUGGACGAUGAGGAGAAGCAACAUUUCAUCCCAUUUCAGCAGAUAGCCAUGGAGACCUACAUCAGGCAGCGACAGCUGAUCAUGUCCCCUCUGAUAACGUCCCACGUGAUCGGUGAGAACGAGCCCCUCACAGCUGUGUUCAACAAGGUCAUCGCCGCAAAGGAAGUCAAUCAUAAAGGACAAGGUCUUUGGGUCUCCCUGAAACUUCUCCCUGGGGAUCUAGCUCAGGUUCAAAAGGAUUUUUCCCACCUUGUAGACAGAUCAACUGCUGUGGCUCGCAAAAUGGGAUUCCCUGAGAUCAUCCUGCCUGGUGAUGUUCGAAACGACAUCUACGUCACCCUGAUACAAGGGGAGUUUGACAAAGGGAAGAAGAAGACUCCCAAGAAUGUAGAAGUCACCAUGUCUGUACAUGACGAGGAUGGAAAUCUCCAAGAGAAAGCCAUCCAUCCUGGUGCUGGUUAUGAAGGUGUCUCUGAAUACAAGUCUGUGGUUUAUUACCAAGUCAAACAACCUUGUUGGUAUGAGACUGUAAAGGUGGCCAUAGCAAUAGAAGAAGUUAGUCGUUGCCAUUUGAGGUUCACCUUCCGUCAUCGCUCCUCGCAGGAAUCCAGGGACAGAUCUGAGAGACCCUUUGGCAUGGGCUUUGUGAAGCUGAUGAAUGUAGAUGGAACAACACUGCAAGAUGGCAAACACAAUUUGAUUGUGUAUAAGGGUGAUAACAAGAAAAUGGAAGAUGCCAAAUGCUAUUUGACUCUUCCUUGUACCAAAAUGGAGAUGGAGGAGAAGGAAGUUCCUUCAGGGAAGAAUCUGCACCAUGUAGCCAACUUCACCCCCACUAAAGACAGCACUAAAGACAGCUUCCAGAUUGCCACUGUCAUCUGCUCCACCAAGCUGACGCAGAAUGUUGACCUGCUGGGUCUUUUGAACUGGCGCUCCAACUCGCAGAACAUCGCUCACAACCUCAGGAAGCUCAUGGAGGUGGAAGGAGGAGAAAUUGUAAAGUUCUUGCCAGACACCCUUGAUGCACUUUUCAACAUCAUGAUGGAGAUGUCAGAAAAUGAAGCCUAUGACUUCCUUGUGUUUGAUGCUCUGGUAUUUAUUAUUUCUCUGAUUGGAGACAUCAAGUUCCAACAUUUCAAUGCUGUCCUUGAGACUUAUAUUUACAAGCACUUCAGUGCAACCCUGGCAUAUGUGAAACUCACCAAAGUACUGAACUGUUACGUGGGAAAUGCUGAGGACUCCAGCAAGACAGAAGUGCUCUUUGCUGCCCUGAAAGCCCUGAAGUACCUGUUCAGGUUCAUCGUGCAGUCACGGAUGUUGUACGUGAGUGUCUAUGGGAAGAGUGAAGAUGGGAAUGAAUUUAAUGAUGCAAUACGGAAACUCUUCCUCUCCUUCAACAUCCUCAUGGACAGACCUUUGGAGGAGGCUGUCAAGAUUAAGGGUGCAGCCUUAAAGUACUUGCCAAGCAUCAUAAAUGAUGUCAAAAUGGUGUUUGACCCUGUUGAGCUCAGUGUCCUCUUCAGCAAGUUCAUCCAGAGCAUUCCUGACAACCAACUCGUCCGGCAGAAGCUCAACUGCCUCACUAAGAUCGUCGAGAGUGACCUGUUCAAACAGGCUGAAUGCAGAGAUGCUCUUCUGCCCCUCCUCAUUGACCAGCUGAGUGGACAGCUGGAUGACCAUUGCAACAAGCCUGACCAUGAGGCAUCCUCACAGCUGCUUAGCAGUGUCCUGGAGGUCCUGGAUAGGAAAGAUGUGGGUCCCACUGCUUUCCACAUCCAGCUGAUCAUGGAGCGCCUGCUGAGGAGGAUAAACCGCACGGUGAUCGGCAUGAGCAGACAGUCUCCACACAUUGGUAUUUUUGUGGCCUGCAUGACAGCCAUCCUGAGGCAGAUGGAUGACUUCCAUUACAGCCAUUACAUCGCUACUUUCAGAACCACACAGGACAUUGUUGACUUCCUGAUGGAAACAUUCAUCAUGUUUAAGGAUCUGAUUGGAAAAAAUGUGUAUGCAGCUGACUGGAUGGUCAUGAACAUGAUGCAGAGCAGGGUUUUCCUCCGGGCAGUGAACCAAUUUACCUGUGUCCUCAACCAUACCUUCCUGGAUCCAGCAAAUUUUGAACUCCAGCUCUGGAACAACUAUUUCCACUUGGCAGUGGCCUUCCUCACCCAUGAAUCCCUCCAGCUGGAGACCUUCUCCCAAGCCAAACGCAACAAGAUUGUCAAGAAGUAUGGAGACAUGAGGAAAGAAAUUGGCUUCAAAAUAAGGGAUAUGUGGUAUAACCUGGGUCCCCACAAAAUCAAAUUCAUUCCAGCAAUGGUUGGUCCAAUGCUGGAGGUAACUCUGGUCCCAGAGCCUGAGCUCAGGAAGGCAACAAUUCCUAUCUUCUUUGACAUGAUGCAGUGUGAGUUCAACUUCAGUGGGAACAGAAGCUUCUAUAUG